AUGGAUUCUGGGCUUCUGCAACACGCAUUGUGCCUCUUCUUCCUUCUCUGCCGCCUCUUUCAAGCCAGCGCCGAGGACGACUGGAACAUAGCCACGGCCACGCUCUCCAGAGACAAGGACGGCUCCUCCUCCGUUAACACUGGAGGGGCUUGUGGGUAUGGAGAUCUGAGGCAGAGCAGCUACGGCGGGUACAGCGCAGGCCUGAGCGGGAAGCUGUUCAAUAGGGGAAGCAGCUGCGGAGCUUGUCUGGAAGUGCGGUGCGUGAACCACAUCCGGUGGUGUCUUCAAGGCAGCCCUUCCGUGGUGGUCACCGCCACUGAUUUCUGUCCUCCCAAUUCAGGCCUUUCCUCCGAUUACGGAGGUUGGUGCAACUUCCCAAAGGAACACUUGGAACUCUCCCAUGCCGCCUUCACAGGGAUCGCAGAAACCAGGGCCGAGAUAAUACCUGUGCAGUACAGGAGGGUCAAGUGUGGGCGGAGAGGCGGGCUGAGAUUCAGCUUGAACGGGAGCUCCCACUUCUUCCAGGUGUUGAUAAGCAAUGUAGGCCUGGACGGGGAAGUGGUGGGAGUGAAAGUGAAGGGCCAUACAACGGCUUGGAUUCCAAUGGCCAGAAACUGGGGACAGAACUGGCACUCCUCUCUCGAUCUCAUCGGACAGUCGCUCUCCUUCGAGGUUACUCUCAGAGGCGGCAAAACCAUUGCCUCUUACGACGUGGCUCCCCCGUAUUGGCGCUUCGGAAUGACAUACCAAGGAAAGCAAUUCCACUCCUGA